CAGUCAGAGGACACCCAGCAGUCCAACUCUGAGUGGAGCUACUUUUGCAUCACCAAGUUCCAGUACAUCCCUCUGGCCUCCUGCUUCUUCCAAAGGCAUCAGCUUCUCCUCUCGGAUGCGGCCCUGCGGGAGCUGCAAGACAUGGAGCAGCUUUUGAGCUUCACUCGGGAAGAAGACAAGCCCAAACUGCUGGAGAGCUUCUUCCACAGGUUUGGGUCCCACAUCGACCAGGGUCCCCUCCACUUUGGAGGAAUAUUCUGGUGGAAGGCGUCUACAGAAGGAUUCAGAGACGAGCUCCAGGAAGAGAUGAAGCGACAAACAUCUGAAGCCCUGAACAGCUUUGUCGGAGCCAGUCUCGGCGGCUUUGGGGCCAGUGGAGGAGUGGCCGCAACUGCUUCCAAAUCCAGCUCAAAGGCCUCUGUCGAGGGCAAAACCAGAGAGAGCUCCCACACAGCGAUUCAGCUCUACGUGGUCAACACAGGGGGCCCCUCAGAGACAGAUUCUCUUCCUCAGUGGAAGACAGGGCUUGUGUCCAAUAACUCAACGUGGUGCGUUAUCGACCGCGGCUUCCAGCUGAUCCCAGUGUGGGAUGUCAUCCUGUGCAAUCACAGGAGGGAUUUUCAGUCCGUCUAUCGAAUGAGCAGCGCCCUCAGGGCUGCGUACAAAGCACUGACGAAUCAGAGCAUUGACAGCACUGUUAGAGAGGAACUGGCCAGUGCAGUGGAAGAGGCCAGACAUUUCAUGGAGUUUGUGAAGACCUGGGAGGGGACAGUGGAUGAAAGGAAACUGCUCAAGCUGAUGGAUCUAAAAGAGGAUCUGAAUGCAAAAACCAAGAACCCCAGUGUCUGGAUCGAGGUGUGCCUGUCGGACAAAGCCCUGCAGGAGGUCCUGGUGAACACUGUGAGGAGUUGCCAGGAGUCACCUCCAGAAAACUCCACCUCUAUCAAGGCACUGUUGUGGAGCCUCCUGGAUCCUCAUAUCUAUUCUGUCAAGAACUUCCCCAAGUCUUCCUUCAUUAUGCAAUGGAUCUUCCAGACUGAGCACAGCCUUCCCAAAACUCCCAAAGCCUUUGAGCUUGAACAGCUCCUGGAGACAUUGCAGCAAAUGAUGGAGCACAUCCAUGCUGUCACCUACACACCAGGAACCUCUGCUACUGCCAUUCAGAAAGCAAAGAUAGAAGCCACCUGGAGUACAAUCCAUGCAAUUCAUUCCUUACUCCAGUCUCUCCAGGAAAGGGCUCAGAAGGACAUGCAACUGUUAGUGCUCUUAAUUGUGACCAGCACAGGGUAUCAGGUUGACAGCAGCACUUUUCAGCGCCUCCUUGAACAUCAAGAAAUUCAGUACAUGGCAAAGGCAAUGCAAGCGGCACAUGAGCAGUAUGUGAAUCUGAAGGAGCAAGAUGCUGACAGAGCUGAGGCCUCCCUUCUGCUGACAGGUCUGACUGUGACACCUGAAAGUAAAGAGCUGUCCCCAGAGCAGAAGAGGGAGCGUUUAGUUUUCAUGGAAAGGCACAUGAAAGGGUUAUGGUCCACAGGGAUAAAGAAUCUCCUCCAGAAGCACAGGGAAUGCAAAGACUGGGAGAUGCUGGAAUGUGACUUGUACAAAACCAUGUUAGGUGGCAGCAAAUCCAAAGCAAAUCAAGCCACUGCAAACCAAGAGUUCCUCCACUUGCUCAAGCGCCUUGGACUAGAAAGUCACUAUCCAAGAAAAAUGGGGAUGGGAGAUUUCCACAUCAUCUGCAAGACAUCUCUGCAUGACAGACAGCCCAGCAAGGACCAGGACCUGCCAUUUCACUUCUUGCAGAAGCUCUUAACCGUGGAUUAUCGGGUGAGGUACCUGACUUGCAGGGAAGGAAGCAACCUAGGACUUGCCCCUGUGCCAGAAACCACAGAGCAAGAACAAGAACCCUCAGACUCCUUUGAAAACUUUGUAAAUUAUUUGGAGGAAGCAGCCCCUGAACGUGCAAGCAGGGAGGGCCACGUGCACCCCAUGGACCUCCAGAUGGCAAUUUUCCACUGUGCUGAUGACUUCCUGAGACAGACUAUUGCAACCAAGCUCGCCUUCUGCCAACUGGCACUGCCUCUGCUGGUGCCCAAGCCGGGCACUGCCCAGAUCGAGUUCCCACUCUGGGCCCUCAGCCAAAUCAAAAGGAGCUGGAAAGAGGUGGAGAAGUCAGGACAGCAGCCCAGAAUGAGCAGUUACAAUAACAAACUCAUUCAUCAGGCAGAGACACCCAUCGUGUCCUUCAUCCGCAUUGGCACCUCUGCCUCCUCUUCCAAGUCUCAGCUCCUCAAUGCUCUGCUGAGCAAACAAAGACACGACACCUUUUUCCACCGCCAUUGCCAAGGCAGCACCAGAGAGUGUUUGCUGAUGGCAGGUGUUGUGGAGAUCGCCUGGUACUGUCCCCGGGGAAGCCCUGAUGACACCUUUGAGUGCUGUGUGGCUUUCUGUAACCUGCAUGGGGACGCCAGGGAUCACGGAGCACAGCUGCAGUUCUUACAGGAGAUCUCUGCUGUGAACGUGGCUCUUGUAUCUGAGUCUGAGCACAUGGACGACAGAGGAAAAAACCUUCUGCGUGACCUGUUGCAGUCACAAAGGCCUCUGGUUUGUCUUCUCACUGAACAAGAGGAGGUUGCAGCUGGACAAUCCAGCAAAAACAUAACAAUAGGGAUCAAGAACAGAAAUGAAGCAGCAAUGUUGGACGAGCUGAGCAAAACAAUCAGGAAUCUCCUGAAAGGGUCCAACCCACGUUUCAGCCUGGAUGCCUGCCUGGACAAAGCUCGCCAGCACGGAUUCUUAGUGGAUGAAGAUCGACCCGAGUGUGUGAUGGCCAAAGCAAAGGCAAAGGAGUUGGUGACCCUUCUGAAGAAAGAGAAGCUGUCUGAGAUCAAAUCCCAGCUCCUGCCUCUUCAAGAAAAACUGUGGCACCAAUGGAGCCAAAAAGACAAAGAACUCACUCGCUUUCAGGAGAAGGGGAACAGGAGCAUUGAGCACCAUUGGAGCCAAAUUGAAUUUGAGAAGGCAGAAAUAAGAAGAAAGCAACGAGAGCAAGCUUUCCCCCUCAAUCAGCUGAUGGAGCCAUUCCUUGGCUUUCUCCAGUCACAGCCAGCAGAUACCAAGAAAUACUUCCUGCAGUGGAUGAAGGUCUUUAUGGACGACCUGUCCUCUUGUCGCCUUGAAGAACUGAGGAGAGACAAUCACAAGUUAUGGUCUGAAAAACUGGAGCAAAAGAAAAGGAAGGAAAAAACCAGUGAGUUAAAUGCCCUCUCUGAAGAAAUCCAAGAUUCAUCCAUUGGCCUUGAGCAUCUUUUGAGAGACGUAGGGCAGAUUUAUGAAGCUCUCCCAUUAAUGAGCUCAAAGCAUGUUGUCAAACUGCCCCAAAUUGCAGCAGAUCUGAUGGUUUCGGGGUAUCCUGUGGAGCUGAUGGAUGGGGAUGCUUCUUACCUCCCUCUGCGCUGGGUGGGAGCAAUCUUUGACAGCCUAAUUGAGAGGCUGGGGGACAAACGAGUGUUUGUUCUCUCCGUGCUCGGCAUCCAGAGCACAGGGAAGUCAACCCUGCUGAAUGCCAUGUUUGGGCUGCAGUUCAACGUCAGUGCGGGGAGAUGCACCCGGGGAGCAUUUAUGCAGCUCCUUCCACUGGACGAGGAGCUGCAACAGGAC